UGACCGUACUGUGAGGGUGUGUGCUGCUGCGGCCCCUUCGAAUUGUCUAUGGCUUCACCACAGCUACGUCCUUGGACGUGAACUUUAGCUGCAGCUUCGUGUGCUUUGUUCUAGGGACCACAAGAUCGCGUAUUGUGUUUGCUAAUAUUUCUAGUUGAAGAGAAAUAAAUUCGGUUUAAGAGGAGGAUGAGACUGCAAAAAAAAUGAAUUUUUCUGCUUUACUGUGAUGGUGUUUAGCAGGUGCUUAGAGCCGUGGAACUGACGCUGCCUGACAGAUGAAACCAAACAAUUGGAUAUACGCCUCUUCACGACGAACAGUUCUUGAAUUCGGAAGAGAAACUGCAAAAAGACAUCUGGCACGGGUGCUGCCGAACUCGAGUUUCACAUGAUUUUAAAUGAUGGUUGUUCCUGUGUAAAGACCAGCGUUUAUGCUGACUUAAUUUUCGUUUGCUUACGUCCUUGAAAUAACGAAUACAAAUGAUCGCAGUAACCAAUCGAGUUCUCAUUAUAUUUUUGCCUCAUGUGAGUCACUACAUUUAUUCUGAAACAAACGCUUGAUUAAUUCAUAACGUUUGUUCAAGCUGUUAUGUUCAAAAUAGUGAUUUUAAUUUUCAUACGAGUUUGUAUCAUAUUUAGCUUCUUCUCCUGGUGAAUCAUCGUGGCUGAUAUUUGAGUCAAGCUUCUCCGGUGCUCGCUCACUCGUUUCAAAACUCCUGCAUUGCGAGGGGAGCGUCGUUGAGAGAAUACCCCUCGUGGGACGCUGCACACCACGGAAUGGGUCAUCAAGUAUCCCUGCGGUACUUUGCCUACACUUCUGCCGUUUUAAAAGCCAUCUUCCACAAUGCUGGGGCAGCUCCAGCACCGGCAUGUCACCGGUGAUGGUGGAGUUGUGCAUCUUUUCUUGUGCGGUUUAUCGAUCCCUGCAACGAACAGGUGGCUUUUCUGAUGCCUCCAGAGGCUGAACUGAUCAUGAGAUAUGGUCUCAAUAAGGCGGCCAGAAAACCGAAUCUUGGAUAAAUCGUUCUCGACCCCCUCCUUGCUUGAUUGGAGUUUGAAAGUGUGUCGCUCAGAAGGACUUGCCGUUCAUAAUGAGUAAUUUUGCAGUUUAAUUGAACUAUUCAUAAGUGAAGUGACACAUGCGCGUCUCAUCGCAAAUAUUUCCUAUUGUGGAUAAUGUGAUAACUGUGAAGAAAAAGGCUUUCAAAGCUUUAGAGAAAAAAGAGAGCUUCACCACUUUUGGCCCCUUCUCUUCACAAGUCCCAAAUCUCUUCCCUGGGUGUUGCAGACGGCUCGUCCGGCCUCAAUUGUGGGGAGAUCCAUGUAAUGAAACCGAUUGUGUCGACAGCGAAGCCCCCACUAGGAUUUCCGGAUACUCGAAUGCCUAAAGCAGAGGGUGAUUGUAACCUCGUGUUUGCCGAGUGUCGAACAGAGCGAAAUCAGUGUGUGGGCGUGGUUUUACGCGCAAAUUUACCUCCUCGCUAUUCAUCUUCUAAUAAAUAUUCAAGCAAGAAGUUCAAGAUCAUGUUGAGAUCUUCAAAGAUUUUGGCUUCGCGAUUACUUCUCUCAGUAAUUAUACUAGCUGCUUGGUCUCCUGGAGUGCGAGGAGACUCGCGCGUGCCGCGCAUCAUCGAUCACCCCACCAACUGGACUGUACCUCGCAAUGACCCAGUGACGCUGAACUGCGGUGCAGAGGGGCGUCCGCCCCCUACCAUUACGUGGUACAAAGAUGGGGCACCGCUGCCCAAGUCCCCACACCGCGUGCUGCUACCCACGGGCUCGCUAUUCUUCCUACGCGUGUGGCAGAGCAAGAAGGAGAGCGACGCAGGGAUGUAUUGGUGCGAAGCCUCUAACAGAUACGGCACUGCGAGGUCUGCCAACGCAUCCCUCCAGAUUGCCUUUCUACGCGACGACUUCCGCACGUCACCGCGGGACACGCGCGUCGUGGCGGGCCAGCAGGCGCGCCUAGACUGCGUGCCCCCACGGGGCCACCCGCCCCCCGCCCUCACCUGGACCAGGGAUGGCCAUGAGCUGCACCGCGACAACAGGCUGAACUUCGACGCGUCAGGUCGCCUGAUGAUCUCAGAGACGCGCCAGACUGACGAGGGAAGCUACGCCUGCCAUGCUGAGAACCUCGUCGGUCGACGCUCAUCGUCGCCUGCGAUCCUAGCCGUCCUUGUUCGUCCGUUCUUCGUGCGCCUCCCGGACGACGUCGAGGGCCGAGUCGGUGGCGAGGCUCGUCUGCAUUGUCGCGCUGGCGGGUCGCCUGCACCGCACGUCACUUGGCGACGUCACGACGGCCGUAUGCCCGUGGGACGUGCUCGUCUCGUUGACGAGGACCACGCCCUCACCAUCGUCUCUCUCCAGACCUCGGAUGAUGGCGAAUAUUAUUGCCAGGCUGAGAACGAGGUCGCCACGGUUGUGGCUCGAGCACGUUUAACAGUUCUUGACUUCCCCCGCGUGAUCACAUCGGCCAGCGACACGGCCGUGAUAGCGAACACCACCAUCGAGCUGCCCUGCAGCGGCGCUGGCACCCCUGCGCCGACAUCCCUGUGGACCCUGCCUGGCCGCCCGCAACCGGUCGGAGUCGGCGAGGUUCUGAAGGACUCGGCAGGCCAACGCGUGAUCGAAGUCUUGCCUUCCGGUGCCCUCCGCCUGACCGCACCCGAGGACGGUCAGCACACGUGCCUGCUUGUGAACUCGGCUGGCGGUGUCAGCACGCACGCGUGGCUGACGGUCGUGCCAGAGCAGCACCUGCCACCUCCUUUGCUGACGCGUAUACCGCCCCUUACGCUGACACUACUAGCGGGCACCUCGGCCACGCUGCCGUGCCAGGCGAGGGGACCGCCUCAAGUGCAAGUGCGGUGGUUCAGGGGCGACGUGUUCCUGCGUUCUGCCGAGCCCAGAGUUACGCUCACGCAGGACGGCGAUCUAAUAUUCUCAGCGCUGCAGGAGAGCGACUCUGCCGAGUACGUGUGCGAGGCGUCGUCACGGUCAGGGCAGAGCAGAGCUCGGUGCGCCCUGCUGGUCGUGGGGGCGCCAGAGUCCCACCGCAUGUCACCCCACAAGACCCCGCACCCACCCACCGUCGAGGACGUGCCUGGGGCCCCCAGCCGCCCACGAGUUGUCAACGUCACUGACGCCGGCGUGACUCUCGCUUGGAGCGCUCCCCUUCGUGUGGGGAACCGACCUCUCAUAGGUUAUCGAGUGUCUGUGUUUACUGCGGGCUGGCCUAAUGAGAAGAAACCGGACUCUGAUAAUCAUCGGGUUUUGAGUGCACUCAAGUUCCACGACGUGACGAAUUCCCGCAGAGGUUGGGUUCCCAUACACAAGCCCGUCAUCGAGCCCUACAUCUACAUCGAGCUCAUCAGGGACCAUCCUCGCCUCGUGGUGGUCCAGGCCUUCAACGCCCUUGGAGACUCUGAACCCUCGGCGUGGUCGCCGCUGCUGAGCGCCGCGCACCAGGACCUCAGUCCGAGCGUGCGCACGGAGCGCGCCAGCCCCCUAGCGGGCACUCUGGUCAACCUCACGGCCGUCACGCCGCUGCCCAAUGAUGCUCUCAGGAUCACCUGGCGGGUGACAGAAGAAGGCCGCCUAGUGGAAGGCGUGUACGUCCACUACCGCCCCCGCCGCGUGCUUCACAUGUCGCCACCUCAAGAGACGAGUCAGGUUGACUCGUUGUCGUCGAGCGUGAUCUCCCGCGACCACUUCACUGGCGCGUCUAACCACCGACACGUGAACCACUCUAUCGCCGUAGCCACGGACGCGUCGCUGAGAAGCAAUCACAGCUGGUCAACAGUCACCGUCAUGAACGCCUUCGCCUCCUCCUAUGUGCUCUCCAGACUCUCGCCAAACACCGAGUACGAGGUUUUCCUGGCACCUUUCAGUGAUACUGAAACCGGGCAACCAACAGCACUUCUCACUAACAUUACUUUCGAGAAUGCUCCAGCGGGUCCUCCGCUUGAAGUGUCGGUGCAGCUCUGGAACUUGUCUGCUGCUCUACUGUCCUGGCGACCUCCUGAGCCGCGGCUGGCAAACGGCGUCAUCACCGCCUACCAGAUCGAGGUGAUGAUCAACGGCACGAUGCUGCUCAUGAACAAGAGUCUUGACGCUUCACUUCAGUCGUUCGAGCUGUCGCGCCUCAGCCCUGGCCAGUCGUACUCCAUCUCUCUGUCUGCUGCUACUCGAGCAGGCAUCGGACCGCCCGCCCCAACCCUACACCUACAGACUGAUCCUGCUCUCCUGAACCCGUUUGUGAACCGCAGGACCGAAACACCUGGAGUCAUGACUGAGGUCUGGUUCAUCAUGCUUGUUGGAGGUGCCAUGUUCUUCCUGCUUCUGAUCAGCGUAGUGCUGCUCUACAUCAAGCGCUACUACACCACGCGUUCUGCCACCAAGCUUCCCAAGCUUAACGGAUCUGUGACCAAAACGAGCAACUUGGCAAAUUUCUACGGAGGUGAGAACUUAUGGCCAGACUCAUCGAACUGGAAACUCUCAGACGAAGAUUCUGGUGAUAGCGGCAACCGGAAAUCAUUGGAGGGCUCUAAAACUUUCCUUCAGUUACGCAGUCCGACCUGCAAAUCUCCCUUUAGCACAAACUUGCUUCCGUCUCCCGUAGAUCCUGGCUCGGCUGAGGAUGCAUUAUUGGCAAGCCUGUCGCCCGAAUAUGCGGAGAUUGAUAAUCUCGGAACAUUUGGCCACGCUCGCAGGGGCGUAAACGGAUCUUCGUCUACCGGUGACCUGUUGGAGAAAAGUUCGAGCUCCGGAGCGGAGGCGUACGCUUCUGCUUCUAUUCUGAGCUCCUGUAAGAGCUCUCGCUCGAAGCAGGCGAGCGUCUCACAGUUUCUCUCGUUGCCUCAGGCGGCGCCCGUCAUGCGGGGCAGCGUCCAGCGCGUCCAGGAUGGACAUCCUUCUUCUGAAUGCGCUGGUAAGCUCAUGUCGAGCAGCAGUGGUCCAUACUUCAUCGAACCUUCCAUGCUGGGGCUGCCUUCGUCCCAGACACACAUGAACCUAACGUUCGUCUCCUCGGCGUAUCCUGGCCAGCCAGGCUCACAGUUCCGGGCGCCGGCCGUGACAUCGACAUACUCGACUGGCCGCCUCGUCGGCUACCCCGCGUCCAUCGGCUACGCUCCUGUGGACCAAAAACUCCCUGGACAUGGCAACUCUCGAAUUAGUGCCCCGUCGCCUUACAGUGUCAACACCUUCACGUCUCAGCCGCACCUGCUCAAACAGGGUAUAGCGUUGAAUUUACGCGACAUGGUGGCACCUCCACCGCCGGACCACCCCCCGCCCCUCAACGGCUACUCUGCCAGAGUGAAUUCCUUCAACAGAACCAAAACAAUGGACGAGUUACCGUACGCGUGCUAUUCGUCGACUCAAGUCGUCACUCCCGCGAUGUCGCGAGCUGCCAGCGUGGAGGGCGGCGGGUCGCCAUACUCCUCUUGCACCUACCAGAGCAUCGAGGGGCUCGCGCAAGCCUUCGCCUCAAUUCCCGAAUGUCAGAGGUUGUACCAAUGUGGCAAUUGCGGCGUGGAAUCUUCUGCUUCUUCGGUAACCAGCAAUUAUGCCAGACCAAGGCGAUGCAAUCACGCCUCGUACGGUCCUCGACCUCUCAAGAAAGGCAGGCGUUACGUACCAGAUUAUUAUGGCUGGGUAUCUCCGCCACAUUCGCCUCCCUUCCAGAACCAGCAGAUAAUGAGUAUAGAUGCUCAUUCGGCUUCUGCGUCCGUCUACGGCGGUUCUGUUCGAUCAGACCCUGGGGCAAUAUCUCAGGGCAGUGAUGUUACAGACGCUGCAGAGCAUUCCGAUCCCGAUUCCAGACAUUCCGUUCUUUCUAAAUAUUCCGGGACCCUUGAUGCUAGUAAUAACCACGACCAAAACUCCCGCGUUUUGCCUAUCACAAAGGACACGAGUACUGACUCAAACACUGAUCAAAUCCCUGAAGAUGAAAAUUCAACAGUCAUUUGUCCCGAUAUAGUUUCUAGCGAAAACGGGAUCACACAUGUUCCAAGUCCACCGAAUACCACCCCGAAUUCUUCAGUCCACUCGCCUUCGGCUGAGUCUGGAGGCGGCUCCAGCGGCCGAGGUGAGACCCCAGUUUUCGAUGUACGCGAUGACCAGACGAAGCUAUAACAAUCACAUGAAUGAACCGCUAUGCAGGUCGCCGUACCUAUUGUAAAGAAACGUUAAUUUACUGAUGACGUCAAUAAAAAAUUUACCUUGCACAGUUUAAGUCUUGAAAAUCUAAAAACGUAGAAAUUUUUGCAAUCGUUUCAUCUCAAUCAAGUCCAAUGAGCAUAUCUAGAUUUGUUUGCGAAUUCCUAAUGAAAAUAAGACACUGCUCUUGGAUCUGAUUGGUCCUGGUCAUCAAAAUAUUUUUUACCAAAAAAUAUUGAAUUUUGAUAAAGUACAGGGUGAAUUGUACAUAUUAUCGGUAAGGUUGAGCAUAGAUAGGCUUAAAUACUCCUGAUCGAGAUUCUCAUGUGUCAUGUAAGCCGUUGCGCGGUUAACAAAGUGUUACUUCAAUUCAAUCUUAUUGUUUUCUCUCCAACCAAACUCAACGAGUUAUCUAGUUUACUAUAGGCACGGUAUUAAUGUAUUACUGCGAUGUUUUAUUUUUAUUUUUGGUUACUGCUUUACUUGCGGGAAAAAAACUAAGCGAUUACCAUUAAACAAGUAAUGGUAGUAGUAACAAGUAAUGGUAAUGGUUAGACAUUGGCUCAUGUUUGGUCGAUUGUCAGAAAUAGUGACGAAAUUUCUUCUCCGAUGUUUUUCUUUUAUAAUUUGGUGCCAGUGAAAUUAUAUCAAUCCUAAUGAUGGAGAAUAUGUUAGAACUUGUGCGUUUCUAUAUUUAAGUGUCGGUUGUUAUAGUCGUGUGGUAUGCUUACUAUUAGUAAAAACCUGUCGGAAAUGGAUUGUAGAUUUACCAUUAAUUUGUGUUAAAGGUACUGACAUCUGAUGUGUCAUUGGAGCUUGGUGAAAGUGUUCCUCUAAUUUCUAUCUAUACAGAACAUUGUCUGAUUGUGAUGGAAUUUUCAUUGCAGAAUUCUAUUUUCAUGUAAAAUCUCAACAUGGCGUUUCAAGUAGCUCUUCCACAAGCAUGAUAGAAUGAGCCAAAUAUGUUCAACAUUUCGAAUGUUCUUAUAUAUCCAACUUCCAUUGAAAAUUGACGAACACUUUGUAUGAAAGCAUAGUCUCUUAAAAUAGUCUCAGAUGUGGUUUCUAUUCAUUAAUUAGCUCAGAAACGUGCCCAGCAAUUGAUGCUAGUCUCUCACUGACUUCUAAGGCGCUGUGUAUAGUGCUGCUCCAGCCGAUAGUUGUAUUGCAGUAUCUAGUUCCAAACUUGUCUCGUUCGGCUGGCCAUCACCAUAUACAUGGACACGUGUUGGAUUUGAAGUGCAUUAGAUAUCACAGUAUUUGAAUGCAUACACAUUCGUUUAUUCUAGAUUUAUUAGGGAUACUUUUUCUCGAAAAAUUUUACCAUCGCGUGAUUUUACCAUUAUUUCGUGAUGGAGGAACUUCUUGUAUUAGUGUCUAGCCAAAAUAUCAGUAAUUGAUAUUUUAUUUUAUAUAUGCCGAAAAUUGCCGAUAGACGAUGUUCUCCAUUUUCCUCUAGUGAGGUUUCUUUUUCAUCAAAUCAAAUUAUGAAUGGUAUAUGUAUUUCUCGAUGGAAUGAAUAAUAUACCGUCCCGAAUUUCUCAAUCAAUGCUAACAUUUGAAUAAACAUUUGUUGGCUGCUAAAAAUCUUGGAGAUUUGAGAAAUGCUAUCAUUUGUUCUUUUCGCGCGAGCACCUCGAUAUCCUCUUUACAACAAUUUCAAUGGCGCGUCUCGUUUUUGGAGACGGUACAACAGUUUCGUAGACUAAGACAGCGACCGGGGAGAGCGAAAACGCCGUGAAGUUAACGAAUGAUUGAAUUUAUGCGCAUAAAAGUUGUUAAAGCUGCUGCCACAUGAGCUACACCUCGAUGCGGGCUAACUACGUUUGGCCAAUAAUGAACCUAAUUAACGUCAAUCCAUUGCUUGUGAGUUGCGCCGUAAGCUUUUUAAAAUGUUUGUUGAAUUGCAUAACAUUUUUAUCCUAUUCGAGUUCUUUACGUAUACGAUGUUCUGUUCGCUAAUGCAAUAACACGCAGUACAAAAUUCUUAGCUAAUGAAAAGUAAAAUUUGAACAUUACUUUUUGAGGCCAAGUGAAUUUAAUCUAAUCCUUGAACCGUUGGACAUAAUUUAAAGACCACUAACAUUCACGCACGCUCAUUUACGCACCUAAGAGGAAAAUAAUCGACGAAGAUUCUUUGUUUAUUAGUUCCAUUUAUCAAUGGAAACGUUUUUCAUUCCGUACAGGUCCAUAAUUUUAAUUGGUCAUAUGAAUUCAUUUGCGAAUAAAAAUUUUUUAUUGAGUCAACUGAUUUUCGCGUCGAGGUUUAUUAUGAUUUCUUCUGAACGAUAGCAAAUUAAAACCGCCGUUUCCCUCGACAAUCAAACGGGACAACUUGUAACAAUCUAUGAAAUGCCCGGAAGAUUCUCUCUGUCUUUUUACAACAACCAUGAUGAGUGUUGAUUGUCGUAAUUAUGAUUUUUUUAAUGUUUGUAAUAGAUUCAAGGUUAUUCAUUUUUGACCACUGUUUGCCAUAACUAUCUAUGUAUUGAAAACAAUUUUUUUGAUACAGUGAAAAUUACAUUUCACGGUUAUUAUUUAUUCUACAUAGUGCAAUGUAUACUAGCUACUAAUCUUUUCAUAACUUCAAAGCUAUGUUACUCGUAGCUGAGAUAUUGGAAACUAUAAUAGGUUUAUUUAGUCAAUGUUUUUUCAUACUUAAUUUCUUUUUCAGAUUUUUUCAUGGAAAAGAACACUUGUUGUUACGCAUGUAUUUGUUUGAUGUUUUCAAAUAUCUUGUAGAAUUUUUACAUUUAUUUACAGUUAUUUUUACUGUAGGUUAACGUUAAGUAGUUUCAUUUCUUGCUCAAUUUCCAUUCCGGUUAUUUACUGAUGUGUAGUUCAUAGUGAUGAGUUUGGCUUCCAAACAUUCCGUAGUUGCAAUAUUAUUUCUUUAGAGAAUCGCGAGAAGCGCCCAGCUGUAUAAAGUUAUGUGUGCAACAAUCGUCUUAUUCAGGGAUGCGACUCGUGGUAUUUUUGGAAUUUUCUUUAACAGUUACGAACGGACGGCAGAAGAUAAGAUGUAUGUGUGGCAACAGCCUAGUACGUAGCGUAGGAAAUAUCUCAGAACUAAUGUCUAACUCGUGAGUCGGAGUUGCUUCCUUUGUGUGGUUUACGUCAGAAUACAAAUUGCAUUCCAGUUUGUAAAUGACGAGACAAAGUAUUUUAGACUGACUCGAUGUACAAAACUGUGGUUGCUAAGUUUUAUAAGUCACAAGCAGCAAUAGAAAAUCAUAGGAUAAGGAGUUAAAAUUUGUACUGGUCAUGUAGAAAUUAGAGAAAUGUGCUGGAGUCGUUGUGCUAAUAUAAAAAUAAAAGCCAUGUUAAACUUGGAAAAUUAGUUAUUCAGCGGCAAUUACCAAAUAAAAUGUUCAUUAGU